GAAAGACGAGGAGGGGGCUUGGUUACGACAUAAUAAGUAAUAAACAUCUAUUCAUUUGUGAAUAGGUUCAGGCCUACAUAUUAGGUAUAGGCUCAUCACGGCGUUGCAAAUCGAGCUGCGACCGUCUUUCUCACCAUUUCUUUUCGCUUCUUUUCAGGAUCUGGAGUAGCAGUGGAGUACCAUCUGACCUGACCAGACGCGUGACGCCUUCAACCCACGGUAUGGCGACAACCACACAGACGGAGGAGAUCAAGGUCGAAGAUGCGACCGAGGUCAUGCUGCGGCAGGCAGAGAAAGCACACACAAAGCCUCUCUGGCUACAGAUGGCAAGGCUGAACCCGCCUCUGCCCAAUCCCAAGUGUACGCCCCACCUGUGGAAAUACGCCGACAUCCGGCCCAGCCUUCUCGAGGCUGGCAAGCUUGUUCCGGAGCACCAAGCUGAGAGGAGGGUGCUGAUGCUGAUUAAUCCAGCAAGAGAUGCCCCCUUCACGACAGACACCCUGUACGCGGGCCUACAGCUGGUAAUGCCCAACGAGACAGCCAAGGCGCACAGGCACGUAGCCUUCGCCAUGCGGUUCAUCAUCGAGGGCCAGGGCGGCUUCACGGCGGUGCACGGCCGGCGCAUCCGCAUGCAGAGGGGCGACGUGAUCCUGACGCCGACCAUGAACUGGCACGACCACGGCAAGGACGGCUCGGGCCCCAUGAUCUGGCUCGACGGGCUGGAUCUGCCCAAUUUCCAGCAUUUCCCCGUGCAUUUUGUUGAGCAGUUCUCGUCGCCUCGCUAUCCGGCCGAGGACGUCGACACGUCGGCCUCGCCGCUGGUGUUUCCCUGGAGCCGGAUGAAGGCGGCGCUGGACGAGGUGGAGGGGGACUCGGCUGAGCUGCGGUAUCUUCACGAGGACGGGAGACAAGUGAGCAGAAUCCUCGGAGGCUCAGCGGCCCGUAUCAAUGCGGGCAAGACAUCGCCUCGCGUGCAGGAGACGGCAUCAUCAGUCUACCAUGUGAUAGAGGGAUCAGGAUACACGACCAUUGGAGAUGUGGAGUAUCGAUGGGAAAAGGGCGACACUUUCUGCAUUCCCUCGUGGUAUCCCUUCCAACACUUUGCUGGAGGUCAAGAGGGGGAUGACCCGGUGUACUUGUAUCGAUUCGACGACAAGCCCAUGCUGACCUCUCUGGGGUUCUACCGGACGUCGGAUACGGAUGUUGAGACCCUGGUGUCGAAUUGAAAGAAGAGAAAAGAAGGGAAAGACAGAGAAGAAGGAGGGUCCAAAAACGACAAUGUUAAGAAUUAUUGUACAAAUUCCCACUUAGCCGUCAACUCCUCUACCCAGGGUCGCCCCUCCUCUUUUUUUCUUCUUUCUCUCUCAAAAAUUUUUUUUUCGACCUUCUGAUGCCUCCACCAGAACGGCUAGUUCCAAGAACCAGGUCCCCUAUCAGCGUCCCAGACCCAGACCCAUGCAACAUGCCAGCAAUGGUGGCUACUUUUUGUGCCGUGUGUUCCACUUUGCACUGGAGAAAGUCGACCCAGACCCAAGCAAGAGCAAUCAAUGCCUCGUCAAAUCGCAAGAUAGGUGGAUUCGCAGCCCUCUCCAUCUUCUCUAUCACAUGCCAUUCGUUUCGUUUACCACCCAACCCGUGCCCCAACAGCCUGUCACCCCUGUUCCGGACCCCUCUGCGCCGCCCGCGCCAUGGUGAUCGUUUGGACCAGCCCUUUCAGCAACCCCAUCACGGAGGCGCUCGCGACCAGGACCAGGAGCGCCAGCAACUCCCGGCGUACCUUGUAGUGACCAUCCCACGAGACCAUGAGGAUCGCCGUUAGGUACUGGGUGAGGCAGAGCAGUGUCCAUCUGACGGCCUGGUUGAAGAGACCCGGCCCGAAGUGGCUGAAGGGCGAGAAGUGGACGAGAUAAUAAACGGGCACAGCGCAGUACAGGGCGAAAUGUACU